AUGUCUCAAUCUACUUGGGAAAAGACAAAGCGCUAUUCGAAAAAGGGUUUCGACAAAGCAUGGGACACCGUCGAUAAAUUGGGCGCUCCCGUCAACCGUCUCUCCAACCGCUUGGGCGCGGAGGCCUUCUGGCCCAUGGCCAUCGAUAAAGAAAGCGACAAGGCGGCGCGCAUUCUACGCAGUUUCGUCAAAGAUGGCUUCUAUGCCCCCGAAGCCGAAGCCGGUACCGAUGAGCAGGGCAAAAUCAAUCGCCCCAAGGGCAAACAGAGGGUCAUCAAAAAGAUCCCUUCGAAAGUUAUCAAGAACGCCAAGGGUCUCGCCAUUUUCACCACCAUGCGAACCGGUCUUUGGAUCAGUGGCUCCGGAGGCAGCGGUGUACUCCUCGGUCGUAUCCCCGAGACUGGCGAAUGGAGUCCGCCGUCGGGCAUUAUGCUGCACACGGCUGGUAUCGGCUUCCUGGCCGGAGUGGAUAUCUAUGACUGUGUCGUCGUUAUUAAUACAUACGAAGCGCUCGAUGCAUUCAAGAAAGUGCGAUGCACUCUCGGUGGAGAGGUCAGCGCCGCCGCCGGCCCCGUUGGUAUGGGAGGCGUACUCGACUCGGAAGUUCACAAGCGACAGGCACCCAUCUGGACAUACAUGAAGAGCAAGGGCCUCUACGCCGGCGUUGCCGUGGAUGGAACCAUCGUCAUCGAACGUACCGACGAGAAUGAGAAGUUCUACGGCGAGCGAAUCUCCGUCACCGACAUCCUGGCCGGCAAAGUCCGACACCCGCCCGAUUCGAUCAAGACCCUCCACCAGACCAUCAAAGCAGCGCAGGGCGACUUGGAUGUCGACGAAAAAUUGGUGGCUCCUGCCGGUGAGACGCCCGGCGACAUGGACGUUGCGGCUGAAGACGAGCAGACCUUUGGUGUUCCCGACGCAGAAGAUCCGGACCCGUACGGAGUGAAAGCGCUGGAGGCUGAGGGCAUGUUCAUCCGGGAGGCCGGCACCAAGGUGAGGCCAAGUCAUGAUAUUUUUGAGUUCCGGCCCAAUCCGACCAGCCCGGUGUUCGCCACGUUCUCGCGGCGCAGUGCCGAUAGCUCGCCGCGGAAUAGCUGGCGGACUAGUGUGCAGAGCCACGCUUAUUCUGAUCGUGGUACUCAAACCGAUGACGCUCCGCUAACUGUCGCCACGUCAGUAAGCCGACUUUCUUCGCAGAGCGCGAGGGAAUCGAUGGGUAGUCGUACGCCGAACCGGUGGGAGGACGAUGCGCAUUGGGAUAAUGUACCGAUUCAUGGUGGUGAGGAAGAAAAGGAAGACGCGAGAGAUUUCAAUGGACCCGCCGAGGAGGAACAAGAAGGGGAAGAAAAACAUGCCGAUGAUUACGAUGACGACUUCGAGGUUCACGAGGUGACCAAUGCGACUGUUACCAAGCAGAAGAUCUCUCCGGAGGAAGAAGUCAACCCAGUCGAGUCCAAGCGCAUGUCUCCUACAUUCACUCGCGCUCGUCUGGUUUCUAUCCCCAAACGUACCCCUCCACCCCUGCCCCCGCGUCAUCCACGACACACCUGGGGCUCUGGUUCCAGCCGUGCCUCUACAUCGCCGACUGCUCUUUCGCAAUCUAGCCGCAGCACCGAGCAGACUGAAGCAGCCAUCGAGCCAGUUGAGUCCCCCGAGCAGGCCACCGAGUCUGCUGCUCUGCCUUCGAACGUGAAGGUCCUCCAGACGAACACCAUUCUCCCUGUUGUCGUGGAUGAGGAUGAUCUGGAGUCGGACUCUGAACUGCCUGUGGAUAAAGAUGAAUUCAUGUCGGCCAAUGGCGACCACGAGGACAGCAUUGAAGAGAACGCUCUGACCGAGGAGCUCACUCCAACGGAAAAAAUUGCUGCUACGGAGACCGAGGAAGAGGAAACUGAGCGCAAAGAGUCGGUCCUGCCGGACUCUGUGAUCGAGUCGAAGAUUGCGCCAGAGACAGCGGAAGAGGAAGCUGAGCGCAAAGAGUCGGCCCUGCCAGACUUUGAUACCGAGUCGAAGAUUGCGCCAGAGACAGCGGAAGAGGUGCCAAAGAUCGAAGAAGCUCUGACAUCGCUUGAUCUCUCCGACAAGUCCCCAGAGGCUCUAGCGCCGCUCGGUCUCGAAGAAAAGAGUGACGAGACUAAGAUCGAAUUGAAGGAUGAAGAGGCUGAAACCGACAAGAAGCAUCUCAAUGUCGAGCACAACGACACCAAGCCUGAGAAUAUCAGCCCUCUCCAUAUUUAG